AUGUCAACUACUGCAGGGGCAUUUAUUGCAGGAGGCCUGGCAGCGUGUGGUGCGGUCACGGUUACACACAGCUUCGAAACCGUUAAAAUCCGAUUACAGCUGCAAGGAGAACUUCAGUCGAAGCGGGAAGCAGUGCGCAAAUACAGGGGCGUUUUCCACGGCGUCAAAGUCAUUCUCCAAAACGAAGGAGCUCGGGGCCUCUUCCGAGGUAUCGGAUCAGCAUAUAUCUACCAAGUUCUCCUUAACGGCUGUCGUCUUGGGUUUUACGAACCGCUGCGGGUGAACAUCACGCAAGCCAUUUACAAAGACUCGACCCACCAAUCUCUCGGCAUAAAUGUCUUUUCAGGGGCUGCAUCAGGUGUCUUGGGGGCUGCCGCCGGAUCUCCUUUUUUCCUAGUAAAAACACGACUCCAAUCUUUUUCUCCAUUCCUACCUGUGGGCACACAACAUAAGUAUAGAAACUCAUUCGAUGGACUACGACAAAUUUACAUGGGUGAGGGCGUGAAAGGUCUAUAUCGCGGCGUUUAUGCAGCUAUGGUCCGUACUGGAUUUGGCAGCUCUGUACAGCUUCCUACAUAUUUCUUCGCAAAAAGACGGUUAAUAAAACAUCUUGGAAUGGAAGAUGGCCCUGCAUUGCAUCUGGCAAGUAGCACCUGCAGCGGCUUUGUCGUCUGUUGUGUUAUGCAUCCUCCUGAUACCAUCAUGUCGCGAAUGUAUAACCAAACCGGAAACCUCUACAAGGGUGUAUUCGACUGCCUGUACAAGACCAUCAGCACAGAAGGAGUUCUUGCAAUAUACAAAGGGUACUUCGCUCAUUUAGCACGUAUUCUACCCCAUACGAUUUUGACCCUGAGUUUGGCCGAGCAAACCAAUAAACUUUUGCGGAGAGUAGAAGACCGCAUUAUACCGGAUUCGAUCAGGGAAAAAAUAUAG